CAAAUAUUUUUGUGAUGGCUGCAGACAUAAUUUUUCAUUUGUAAACAAAAGGAUUUUUCAAGUGUUGCGUAGACGUUUAUGACUAAUUACCCACCUUUUCAAUAUGAAUAUGCAGCCAGAAGAUGCUAGAUACUUAAAAAGGAAGGUGAAAGGAGGGAGUAUUGAUGUGCACCCAACAGAGAAGGCCCUGGUGGUCAACUAUGAGCUGGAGGCCACAAUCCUGGGGGAGUUGGGGGACCCCAUGCUGGGAGAAAGAAAGGAAUGCCAGAAAAUCAUUCGUGUGAAGAGCCUCAAUCCCAACAGUGACCUUGGUGCACUGGCCAAGGAGAUCAUAGACAAGUGCAAGCUGAUCCAUCCCAGUAAGCUGCCUGAGGUAGAACAGCUGCUCUAUUACCUGCAGAAUAGAAAGGAGACUGGGCCAAGUAAAGCUUCAGGCAAAACAGAGCUCCAUGAGACCCCAGAAGUGCCAACGUAUGACGCCACGGAGAUAAAUGAGACAGCCAACAUCAAUGACCUUGAUGAGUAUCUGGAACUUCUAUAUGAGGAUGUGGCAGAGAAGAUAAGGGGCUCUGCACUGCUGCUACAGCUGUCACGUAACCCUGACAACCUUGAGGAGCUCUUCUCCAAUGAGACGGUGGUGAGUGCUCUGGCCCGUGUGUUACGUGAUGACUGGAAGAAGAGCUCUGAGCUCGCCACCAACAUCAUCUACAUCUUCUUCUGCUUCUCCAGCUUCACACAGUUCCAUGGUGUGAUCCUGCACUUCAAGAUCGGGGCGCUGUGCAUGACGAUCGUAGAACACGAGCUCAAGAAAUACGACCUGUGGAAGGAGGAACUGGAGAAGAAAAAGAAAGCUGCAGAUGCAGAGAAAUCCAGCAAGAAAAUGAAAGAGGAAUAUGAGAAAAGUUUCAAGAAGUUUGAUGGUCUAGUGAAGAAACAGGAACAGCUUCUGAGAGUGGCCUAUUACCUUCUGUUGAACCUGGCAGAGGACCUGAAGGUUGAGAUGAAGAUGAAGAACAAAAACGCAAUCAAGAUGCUGGUCAAGUCACUGGAGCGGGACAACUUUGAGCUGCUCAUUCUGGUGGUCUCCUUUCUCAAGAAACUCUCCAUCUUUGUGGAGAACAAGACUGAAAUGGCAGAGUUGAACAUCAUUGAGAAGUUGACGAAGCUGGUACCGUGUGAACAUGAGGACCUCCUGAACAUCACAUUACGUCUCCUCCUCAACCUCUCCUUUGACCCCGACAUGCGCAGCAAGAUGAUCAAGUUUGGGUUGCUUCCAAAACUUGUGUCGCUGCUCAACAAUGAAAACCACAAACUCAUAGUGCUGUGUAUCCUUUACCACAUCUCCAUGGAUGACAAGUCCAAGUCCAUGUUCACCUACACAGACUGUAUCCCCAUGGUGAUGCGAAUGAUGCUGGAAUCCCCUGAGAAUCCAGACAUAGAGCUGCUGUCACUGUGUAUAAACCUGGCGGCGAACAAACGUACGGCCCAAAUCAUAUGCGAGGGCCAGGGUUUGAAGAUGUUGAUGAAGAGGUCGUUCAAGUUCCGAGAUUCCCUUCUGAUGAAGAUGAUCAGAAACAUAUCAGAGCAUGAUGGCCCUACCAAAAACCUGUUCAUUGACUACAUCAGUGACCUGGCAGAGGCUGUUCUCAGUCCAGAGGAGGACGACUUUGCCUUGGAGUGCCUGGGGGUGCUGGGCAACCUCACCAUACCAGACCUGGACUAUGAGCUCAUCCUCAAGGAGUACCAGCUCGUACCCUGGAUCAAGAAGAGGCUGCAGCCAGGUGCAGCUGAGGAUGACCUGGUUCUACAGGUGAUCAUUCUGGUGGGAACAGUCUGCAAUGACGACAUCAGUGCCAAGAUGUUGGCAGAGUCCAACAUCAUACACAGUCUCAUUGAGCUCCUCAAUGCCAAGCAAGAAGACGAUGAGAUGGUAUGCCAGAUAGUGUAUGUGUUCUAUCAGAUGAUAUUCCACGAGUCAACGCGUGAAGUCAUCAUUAAAGACACACAAGCCCCUGCCUAUCUGAUAGACCUGAUGCAUGACAAGAACUCCGAGAUACGCAAAGUCUGUGAUAACACCCUCGACAUCAUAUCUGAAUUUGAUGAGGAGUGGGCCAAGAAGAUCCAGCUGGAGAAGUUUCGCUGGCACAACUCUCAGUGGCUGGAGAUGGUGGAGUCCCGGCCCGGGGACGAGAUGGCAGACCCGUACAUGUACCCAGAGGAGGGGUACGCGGGAUACCUGCAGGACGCCGACAUACUGGACCAUCCAGACCUCUUCUAUCCUGAUGGGUAUGACCCAGCCCUGGUCAUGGACGGUCACCUGACACCAGAGUACAUAGACGAGAAUGGAGUGUAUGGUUAUGGAAAUGAAUACGAGCCGUAUGCCCGGCCGGACUCCAACAUGGGCUUUGUUAACGGUGGGGUGGGAGGUGGGUACGGGAGGGGAAUGGACGAGUAUGGCCCACCCCUGGACCAGUACGGGCGACCCAUACAGCUGGAUGAGUACGAUGACUACCCACAGAACUACCACUACGGGCCACCUGAGGUGGCAGACGACGGAGAGGAGGGUUAUGGAGGAUAUGGAUACCACCAGGGCAUGAGAUAACAUCAUUAACUUUUAUCAAACUGAGCCUUGUUGUGGGAAAACUGGGCUUAAUGCAUGUGCCUAAAGUGCCGUUCUAGUGAAACAAUUUUUGUUUAGAAGAGACUUCCUUUAAACGAAAAACAUGUAGUCUGCACAGGCUAAUCUGGGACAACACUUUACACACAUGUAUUUACACUGUGUUCCCACCUAGCGAACUACACAGCUGAGUGAGAUUUAAUGAUUACCCACAGAACUAUCACUUCGGGCCGUCUGAGAUGUCAGAGCAUUUGACUGUGGAGGAUAAGGAUACCACCAGGGCAUUUGAUAACAUCAUUUACUUGUUUUAUACUGGAUAAGUAUUUUUAGCUCACCUGAAUAUGCUAAUGGUGAGCUUUUUGCAAUUUUUAUAUGUGUAACUACUUAAUCUGAAUGUUUAUCUAGGCUUAGUUUAAACUGGGUCAUCAAAAGUGGAAGAAAAAAAAGGUAAUUAGCUCCAAUCUUCAACAAGUGUUCUUGUUUAACUUCUUUAACUCAGAUGGUUACAGAUACCACCAGGGCAUGAGAUCACUUCAUAAACUUGUCUUACACUAACUUAAAUUGUUUCAUAUGUGUAAAAUCCAGGGCAGUGAUUUUUCCUCCUUUCAGCUGAUUUCAUCCCUUUCAAUUUCAAACUAAUUUUUAUACGCCCGUUUUAAAAAAACGGGACGUAUUAUAGUUUCACCUUGGCGGCGGGCGGGCGGCGUCCACAGCAGUGUCCGCUCUCUAAUUCAAAUAGUUUUUAUCCGAUGUUCACCAAACUUGGUCAGAAGUUUUAUCUAAACAAUAUCUAGCUCAAACAUUAUACGAUGAACUAAAAUGUAUCAUGAUGAUGUGUGAUAAGAUGAUUUUGUCUUUGAAACUAUACUCAGUGAAUACACAAUUUUGAAUGUUUGAUGCAUGUUGUGUAGCCAUUCCUAGGUGUGGUAAAGUAAAGAAACUAUAUCAAAAUUAUCACAGCAAGAUACAUCCAUGGAUUGUGUGAAUUGCUUUUAGAAUUGAUAAAAACUUUAUUGAAUAUUAUGUUUGCAAUUAUUGUUAUUGUUAUAAUUAUUAAAAUUUGAACAAUUGGUAUAUCAAUUUUACCUCAAAAAAAUACAUGGUGACUUUAAGAUUUAACUUCUGGAUAUUGUUGUAUCAUGGUAACUUUAUAACUUGAUUGUUGACAUUCCAAGAUGUUCACAUGUUCCCAAAAGAAAAUAACUCUGAAGUGCUUUGCGGCAUUCUGCUUGUUAUCAAACUUGGGUUCAAUUCUAUGUCAACCAAAAAUUUGCAGAAAGAUACGAUUAAGAGAGUGGUGUAGGAGAGUGGAAACAACGCUUUUUCCUUUUUGGGAUACACACAAAGGGCAGUAGGUCUGAAGUUACUGGUGUUAAUAGGCAGAGUAUAGAACUUGUACGCCCAACCACACAUCCGCCAUGGUUGUUCCCGUAAUACGUCCUGUCAUGAGACAGCAAAGCAAACUUAAACUUGAAAUUACAAUAAAAUACUGAGAGAAGCAUUGACAACAGCUUUUGGGAACAUGUGAAUAUCAUUGGUACGUCAUCAAUCAAGUUUGAAAGUUACACACGAACCAUAACCCUAUACUUUCUUAAAUGAUAGUUAUUGCCCUUUGUUUGUAUUGUGUAACAUUUUAGGGCUUUAUCACAUAUACGCUAUAAAAUUUUGAUAUGAAACUGCAUGGGUGUGUAGAUAUCAAUGAGGCGAAUCGCAAUGCCUAAAAACAAUUACCCUACACUUAAAUAUUUUUUUAGAAUUUUACCAUAUAUCAAGGGAUUUGCAAACAUCCAUAAACAAACUUUAUUGGUUGGCGGAUAUCAAUUCAAUGAAUUUGCUUGUUUUAUAAAUAGUAAUUAACUUUGCUGGAUCUAUAUUAAAAUGAAGAGAUUGAUUUAAACAUGUAAGGGGUUAGGGCAUUUUCCUUCCCUGAGAUGGUUCGUAAAUCCCAAACCUGUUUACUCAUUCCCUGUUCACUCAAUCUAAACACAACUUUCAAGCUAUGUUUUUACCCAUAAAAUGUUAAAGUUAAGUAAAAUAACCAGCCAUAAAAACGCGGCAGCACAAGGGGUCCUUUUUUGACGACGGGCGAACAUAUUUCUGUCCAUGAUCUUGUUAUUGAUUGUAUUAUAGUUGAUGAUUGUUCAGUUCUAUUCUCAUCUUGUGCUUAUUCCGUCCAUUGGCAUAUUUUAUUUAUUUAUUUUACAUUUAUUAUGAUCUGAGUAAGUUUACACUUUGCUGAUCAGUAUUGUAACUCAAAGAAAUAAAAGUGAUUUGAAAGUGUG